UGUACUUUUCUUUCCACGAACAAUAUCCCCUGCUCGCCGUUGUUUCUCUGCAUAGACAGCAUAAACAAUCGUUCGCAAAACGGAAGCCUGGUCGAUCAAUCAAGUCAAAGCAUAAUAAUGGAGAAAUCGACUCGAAUCGCCGUCCUACCCAGUCCUGGAUUCAGCCAUGUGGUUCCGAUUCUUGAAUUCUCCAAGCGACUUGUUCAUCUUCAUCCAGAUUUUCACGUCACCUGCAUCGUUCCCGCGUUCGGAUCUCACUCAUCUUCCUCCAUAGCCUACCUUCAAACUCUUCCUUCAAACAUCGAUUCGAUCUUACUCCCGCCGAUUCCAAAAGAAAAAAUACCUCAAGAUACUGUGCCAGCGACCCAAAUCGAAGGCACAGUAACUCUAUCACUACCAUAUAUUCGCCAAGAACUGAAGUCCAUGAAAUCCAAAACUGGUCUUGCAGCUUUGGUUGCUGAUAUUUUUGCCCUCGAUACCCUGGCCUUCGCUGAAGAACUCAAUGUCUUCUCUUACAUAUACCUCCCACAAGCUGCUAUGGUGUUUUCGCUGUACUAUUAUUCAUUAAUGUUGGAUGAAACAGUUUCCUCAGAGUUCAGAGACCUAAAAGAACCCAUAAAGAUCCCAGGUUGUCUUCCUAUUCAUGGCAGGGAUCUACCUGUGAUAUUCCAGGAUCGAUCCAGCUUAGGCUACAAGAUGUUUCUAGAACGCUCCAGAAAGUUCUGUCUUGCUGAUGGUGUUCUGUUCAACAGCUUUGAAGAAUUAGAACCAGAGACAAUAAGAGCCCUUCGAGAAGAAAUAGGGAAGAAGAAGCCACAGGUUUACGCUGUUGGACCGAUUAUACAAAGUGGGUUGAAUAGUAGUAACGAGACCACCGAUUCAGGCUCAGACUGUUUAACAUGGUUGAACAAUCAACCACCUAAAUCGGUUCUUUAUGUUUCAUUUGGGAGUGGUGGGACACUAUCUCAAGAUCAGCUCAAUGAAUUAGCUUAUGGAUUGGGAUUAAGUGAGACAAGAUUCUUAUGGGUUCUGAGAUCUCCAAGUAAAGUUUCCAGUGCUGCUUAUCUUGAUACCAUUAAUGAGAAUCCCUUAGAUUUCUUACCAGAAGGAUUUUUGGAGAGAACCAAAGAGCGAGGUUUGGUUGUUCCUUCAUGGGCACCACAGAUUCCAAUCCUUAAACACAGUUCAGUGGGUGGAUUCUUAAGUCACUGUGGUUGGAACUCAACGCUUGAGAGUAUUAUUCAUGGCGUGCCGUUUAUAGCUUGGCCACUUUUUGCAGAGCAGAGUAUGAACGCCGUUUUGCUGACUCAUGGCCUGAAGGUGGCUGUGUGGCCGACGGCGAACGACGACGACGGGAUGGUGAAGAAGGAAGAGAUCUCAGAAGCCAUAAGAACGUUGAUGGAGGGUGAAGAAAGUGACGAGAUUCGCGCGAGAAUCAAUGUCUUGAAAGUUAAAGCUGUUAAAGCGUUAAAGAAAGAUGGACCAUCCACAAUGGCCUUGUCUGUAUUUGCAGAGAGUUUGAGAAACUAAUGGCUCAAAACGAUCUGUCGUUUCAGUUUUAUUGGGGGCAAUAACUCGAUCAUGAGGACGCAAUUCUUUUAUCGAAGCCUUGGCAAUCCAAUCCAAUCCGACAUAAUUCAUGUCCAGACAAUUUACGUUGUUUCUUCUUCUCUCUCUCUCUUUUUUUUUUUUUUUUUUAUCUUUGCUGAUUUAUGAGCUGUAAUUUUUAUUAGUUUUAAUUUAUUUUUGACCCUUUUAAAAAAAUCUAUGGGUUAAAAAAUGUAUCGUUUAAAGUUUUUCUUUUAUGUUGCAUGGGUUAAAAAAUGAGAUAUAAUAUUUAUCAAUUGAGAAAGAAAUAGUUGGUCUCUA